AUGGCAGUAGAAACACAAGACCAGCUAAAAACUGCAAGAGCGCAAAUCGGCACCCUCUCUGCCAAUGCUGAAAGGCUCGCUCGAAGCAACACCACACUGGCAGCUGAAGCUCAAGCAAUCUGCAAGGACUUCGAAGAUUACAAGGUUGAAGUAAAGGGCCAGACAGAUGCUCUUUAUGCAAGCAUGGUCGCCCUGAAGGAGGCUCAGGAAAAGACCACCACCUACAUCGCCAACGCACACCUGGAAGGAGGAGCUGCUUUAUACAUGAAAGAGUACGCAAUCAAGCUCUCCUCCGGGCAACCCAUUGGCACAUGGGCAGAGUAUACAAGGAAAUUGGAAAUGGCUUACAAAAUGCUUGACCCUAAGCGCACCACCCAAGCACAACUAGAUGUGCACUGUGCAAUACAUCACAAGACAAUGAUCACAUUCGCAGAAAACUUCAGGGCCUACGCACCUGAAUCAGGAUAUUCUGAUGAAGACUUGAUCGUCAAAAUCAGUGAACAACGGUCAUCGCACAUACAAAUGGUAAUGUCAGUGACAGAGACACUAGAUCCAGGCAAGAUCCCCAUGGAUUGGAUGGGUUAUCUCGAAUUCUGUCUAGAAAUUGAGAUCAAACAUCUCCAGCAGCUCUCAGGCAGCAAGCCCACUGGACAAACAACUGGAACAUUGGAACAAGCAAUUGCUGCACUUCGUGGGAUGAGUACCACCUCAACUACUCCACCCUCCAGCAAAGGCAAGGGCAAAGCGAAGGGCACAGAUGCAGCAUCAACGGCAUCAGCAUCCACGGUCAAGGACACCAAUGCAAGAAUCAUCGAGAUGGAUAAAUUCUCAGAGGAUUUUCAGUACGAAGUGUAG